GAUUUGAAAGAAUUCCAACUCGAACAGCUCAGUCAACUCAACAAGAGCUCCAUCCUGCUAAGGGUAUCUGUCCCUGCUCUAUAUUGGGCUACUGAGUGAACCAGCCCUCACUACGGCUCAGAGUAUAUACUCUUUUACUCCCUUUAUAAGGAUGCAUGUGGGCUUGUGGCCAACUUGCUAUCAGGCAUCACAUCAAAGCUCAAUGCUACAGUUCAUGGCGCAAUGCUAGGCCACAGCCUGUCCAUGUCGAGGCGUCUGAUCUGAGUUCCUUCUCUAGAAUGCCAUCUACGAGGACUUCAGUCGUAGUGGCGAGGGUCAUUCCUCUAGGUCCACCUCAGUCGCAUAAACGACCGUCUCGAAGGACGCUUCAGGAUAUGGUUGUUGCCUCGAGACCUGCGUACGAACGGCGACGUCGACAGGAAGAAAAGCUCAGCAAUUUUACCACUGGAGCUGCACGUACAUCCUCUGAAGUACUUCCACGGCGGCCUGACCCUGAGCGACUGAGAUUGAGAUUCAUCAUCGAUGAUUUCAUCAAGGGAGGUCUGGCAGCCCUGGCAGGCACACGCACAAAGUUUCUCGAAGACAGAGGCACUGCUCUCUCUGACAUUGAGCGCUGGGCCAAAGUCGUGGCUGCUGAAACAGUGGAUGAAGCACUGCCUUUCAUGACGGGCGGCUUGCCCGCCUAUGUUCUCAUGGCGUGCUUGCGAAAACCGACCUCGUCGGGGCCCGUGGUGCACCAGAUGUUGGAGAUGGUUGGCAAGUCAAUGCCAGAGCUCGACGGUCACUCAGUUUGGGAAGCGAUCCAACUGCUGAUCAAGCAUGCGGUCCUCACCGACGCAAGUCUUCUGGUACCAAUCUGUACACUGCUUUGCAAAAGUCUACCAAGAGCACGACAUCUUGAAAAGAUCUUUUCAGACUUGUUGGUGGUCCUUGACAAGAUCACCGAUCGGCGUACAGAACGCUUCUGUGCCGUGCAAGCAGUCAAGAUUGUGCGAACUCAAAUGGUCAAACGCCGCAUAAACUUCAGUCACAAGGACAUCAAUAUCCUCAUCAAGCUUCGCCUGCGUCGAAAGGAAACAGGGCGUCAUGUUCGUUCACGAGACCUCAUCAAGCCCACGAAAGUCCUCGAUCCUGUCACCAAUCUACCCUACACAGUGGCUCAGCGGAACAUGAUAGUCAGACGAUUCAAGCAGCAUGACUCCAUCCAAAGUCUGUUGUUGCUGAUUCCACGGUUGAGUUGUCAAGGCUUUGAAGAGGUCUGGACAACUUUGAUGGCAAGAAGAGAUAGUACCCCUCGAGUCGUCAGACUUUGCUUGCGUACCAUUAAGCAAGGCGAACUGAAGCCGAGUCUCACCUUGGUUGCCUUCAUGCUUCGAAGUGCUAUAGGCUUUGGUCCACUGAUACAGCGCAUUAUCGAUAUGGUCACGCGACACCAGCUGCAGCUCACGUCUGGGGCUGCGCUGGAACUUGUGCGGCACAUGGCUCGGUACGAUCCUCUAUCACUGUUCAACAUGCUGCAUCCAGAAUCAGAACACUUGAGCCAGGAGAUCCUGAGCAAUUCACACAUUUGGGCUGAAGCUGUUCGGAAGCUCAAUAGCGAGCGAGUCAAGCGAUUCCGUACAGCUGGACAACAUGCGCUCGUCAUCUCUCUUCUGCUGAAACGGCUCAAGAAAUGCAAUGUGCCGUUGUCGACAUCUUUGCUCUCGGCGCUGGUCGAUGCAGCCUUGUACAGUGGACAGCAAAGUAUGUUGGGCGGAAAGUCCAAUAUACUCUGGAUUACUGAACUCUUCCGCGACCAUGUGGAUCAUGGAGAUCAACCGGAACUCUUGCAAGCAAGGCAACCAUUAUGGAGAACGUAUAUGCGAUUUUUGGUCGCAGCUGAACAGGUUGACUUAUUGGAGCAGACCAUGGAAGGCAUGCUUGCCACCGGUUCGCCCAUUAGCACGAGGCAAGUCACCUUAUUUGCGCUGGGGCUUUGGGAGUCUGGUGAUGUAGAGCGUAUGGGACAUUGGGAGGAACGACUUGCUGAGUAUGGCCUUUGCUGGCCGCCUGAAGAGCAAGUGUUUGCACUCAAGGGACGAUUGGAGGCUGGACUUUUCGAGCUAUUUCGUGAGUAGCAUAGUAGAACAGUAAUGAACGGUCGUAUAUUCAUG